AUGUGUUUCCUCCAGGAACACCAUAACACAUCACAGGAAGAAGAGUGGACAACUGGGAAGAUCUGGGUGAGCCUGUUUAAGAGGAGACGGUUAUACGGCAGUUUAGCCACCGAGCACAGUGUAGCACUGACCAUACCUGCCUUGGGGAGGCUUGCAUUUCACAGAUCAGUGAAACAACAGAUGUAUCUCCAGCUUCUUUGUGGCUCUUGGGUGGUUAUAAAGUGCUUUGAGAUCUGUGGGUGGAAAGCAUUUGUGGCGCCCCGCAAUCCAAGGCAAUUUAUGCGGGGUCAAGCAGUCUCAAGGCGGCCACCGGUGCUGCGGGGGCCGCUGCUGCUGCAGAUGCUGCUGCUGCUGCUGCUGCAGAUUUCAGUUUUAGACACAUUGUUUGAGGUGACGGACAACUUGCUCAAGAAGUUUGGAGAGGAAUGCCUCCAACCACUUCAGCGUUCCCGAAGAAGAUGGAUAAUAACCACCUUUGAACUUGAAGAAGAAGAUCAAGGACCAUUUCCUAAAUUUGUUGGCAAGCUAUUCAAUAAUAUCUCCUUUAGCAUAUCUGUAAAGUAUUUCAUCAAUGGACCUGGUGUGAAUGAAUACCCAGAAUUUGGUUUGUUUUCGAUAGAUGAUGAUUUGGGAAACAUAUAUGUGCAACGAACCAUAGAUCGAGAGAAAACACCUUAUUUCAUGGUACGGCUCGAUGCUCUCGAGAAAACAACAGGAAACAUAGUGGAUAAAUCUUUAAUUUUUAAAGUUGGAAUCAAAGACAUAAAUGAUAAUGCACCCCAGUUUUCUGAAAAGGAAUAUAACAUCAGUAUAAAAGAAAGCCACAAUUCAAGUAUUUCAAUUUUUCAGGUUGUGGCAGUUGAUAUUGAUCAGAAAAACACCCUCAAUUCUCAAGUAACUUACUUGCUUGUUUCACAGCCAUCUCAGAAGGAAAUCAGGUUCCGAAUUGAUCAGAAUAAUGGAAAAAUCCAGUUCUCAGGAUGCUUAGAUUACGAGACAGUUAAUUUGUUCAAACUCCUGAUUCAAGCGAGUGAUAAUGGAAAUCCCCAACAAACAUCCACCACAGUAGUGAAUGUAAAAGUUGAAGAUGGAAACAACCAUGCCCCAGUAUUUACCAAGGAAAAUCAUGAAAUUCAAAUUUACAAAGGCCAAACUAGCCAAGAUGUUUUACGACUUCUGGUGCAGGAUGGUGAUUCUCCCCAUACCCUCUCCUGGGCAGCAAAAUACAAAAUAGUAACAGGCAAUGAAAAGAAACUCAGCAUCGUGACGGAUCCUGAAACCCAUCAAGGGAUUUUAAAUAUCAUUAAGCCUUUGGAUUAUGAAAUUUUCCCAAAGAAAAAACUUGUCAUUUCUGUUGAAAAUGAAGAUCCACUCUUUUUGUGUGAAAGAGGCAUACUUAGAAACCUCACAGAGGCUCCUAGGCAUACAACUGUGAAUGUGGAGUUGGUUAAUAGAAAUGACCCUCCUCAGUUUCAUCCUGCCAUUUUGAUUGUCAGAGAAGUUGAAGGAACAAAUCCUGGAAAAAGCCUGGGGAUAUAUAAAGCCACAGAUCCAGAUGGAUAUGAAGAUAAUAUAAGAUACAAAUUAGCUCACGAUCCAGCAGGUUGGGUGAGAGUAAAUGAAAGUUCUGGUGAAGUGGUUACUGAGAAACAAGUUGACCGGGAAUCACCUUAUGUGAAUAAUAGUAUUUAUACCAUCAUUGUUCAUGCUGUUGAUAAUGGCGUUCCUCCGGAAACGGCAACAGGAACUUUGAUGCUUUUCCUGUUUGACAAAAAUGAUAACUCACCUACUCUAAUUUCUUCUUCUGUGGAUAUUUGUAAAAUGGAGGAGAUGGGCCCCAUAAUGGUUAAAGCUGAAGAUAAAGACUUACAUCCAUUUUCUGGUCCAUUUACAUUUGAACUGGAAGAUGUCUCUGGAAAUAUAAAGGACACUUGGAAGCUAGGGAAAUAUUAUGGUCAUUCAGUUGAACUUUUGAUAUUGAAAAGCCUCCCAAAAGGCAUUUACCCUGUGCCUUUCAAUAUCCAGGAUAAACAGGGUCUUUCUAACAAGCAGACUUUGUAUGUGAGAAUAUGCUUCUGCCCUGAUGGACAUGCUUGUGAAGAGCAAAAGGACCCUAUAAUGGGGGUUGGUGGAGCCAUCACUGUUCUUGUUUGUGCAUGUUUCCUGGUAUUGGCAGUAGUUCUGCUUUCCCUGUUAUGGUGCCAUUUUGGGUCAAGAACCAAGGGGACUCUAGUACAGAUACCCUAUGAUGAAGGAAUACAGACAUUAAUCAAAUAUAACAUAGAAAGUGAGAAAACGUUGUCACAGUCUCCACAACAGUGA